AUGCACCAGAAGGACCAGCACAUUCCAGCAUUUAUUUUCAAGCACCCGCCGCGGUUCAAACGGCGUGUUGAGCAGCAUGUUCAGCAGACUUCGUGGGAGUAUCUGAGCGUCACGCGCGCGUGGCAAACUUGCAAGGGCAUCAUGGUGAAUGCAGCGCAGGAAACGAGGAACGAACUCAUUCAGCUGCCCAUCGGGGAUUCCUCCGAAGGUGCGGAGGACGCACGCCGCCUCACUAUGAGAUCGAUUGCACGAUGCGUCUGGCUACAGGACGCGCGCCUGGCUUCCAGGCUGGUGGCCACCACGCAGCUCGGGCGGAAAUACUUGAUGAUCAGCGAGACCGACGAUGAGCUCACACCGAGGAUCACGUUCACAGACCAGCAGGACUUCGAGCACUACACCGGCAUGCUGAACAUCGCUUGGGCCGAGCGGCAGCAGGCGCAGGCGGCAGAGCGCCUACAGCGCCGGCAGCAGCAUGGAGAGUUCGCAUGGCUCAACCUGGCGGUCUCCAGCAAGAUCCGCAUUGCUCCGGUGAUCUCCCGGUCACCGAGUCCACCUCGCGACCUCCAGCAAGACCCGCGUUGCGACGGUGACCUGCCGGCGGGCAUCGCUCGGCGACCGGAGGACAUCAUCCAGGCCAUUGCAGCACAUUGGGAACCGAUCUUCAGGGACACCCGCGUCGAUGAGGACGCAAUUGAUCGCUAUCUGGAUGAGCACAUGCCUGCCCGCGCCUCGCCCAACAUCGACAUCCCUUCCAUAUCAGACAUGCGGCGGGUGCUAGCACGCGUAUCAGAUUCUGCGCCUGGCCCAGAUCGACUGCCGUAUUCGGCGUGGCAGGCCAAUGAUAAGUUCGUCGAGUGCUUGUUCGGCAUGAUGCUGCACAUCUUUGCCGGCCACCCGGUGCCACCUGGUCUCAAUUAUGGAGAUUUGGUGAUGUUGCCGAAAGGCGACGAGUUCGAGGACCGCGUUGAAAUACUUCGGCAUCCACAUGCGGUACGACCACUCCUGCUCAAGAACACGGACAGCAAGCUCCUUGCGGCCACGAUCAAUUUGAAGCUGAAGACCGUGGCGCAGCAGGAAGUCCACGUCAUCCAGCAGGGCUUCAUCCCGCAGCGCCAGUUUAUCCAGCAUGUUGCACAGCUGGACGCCCAAUCGCGCAUCGCUUCGAACCAGUUGGAUGCGGUCGAGGCCAAGCCAUGCUUCAUCAGCUUCGACGUGAAGGAGCUGGCGCAUAUCCAGCUCGGGCGCGAGCAGGAUGGGCGCGCCCGCGAGGGCAUGCUUCCUGGGGGCUCGCGCGCUCGCGCCCCCGCCGCGCUGCAGGCCGAGCGGCCUCGAGUCUGCGGCUGGUGCGGGGGGCGGCUCGCCCCCGGCGAGAGCCUCGCCAUGGCGGAGGCUGGCGGGCUGCUGGAGGUGCGCGAGCUGUGCUACUUGCUCGCGCUCGCCAGGCGGGCGGCGCGCGAGGCGGUCGCGUCCGCGGGCGGGGCGCUGCAGUCGCUCACCGACGCGUGCGUGGGCGCGCUGGAGCUGGGGCUGCUGGCGGAGGCGGAGCUCCUGCGACUAGGCGCCCUGCCUGGAUUCCCUGGCGGCCUCGACGGCGUCGGAGGCGGCGCGACGCCUGCUCGGCCUGGCGGCGCGGGCGCGGUGGGCGCUGGCGGCGUCGGCGUUGGGGCCGCGCUAAUGGGCGCGCUCGCUGCGCCUGCGGCCGGAGCGCAGCUGGACGCGCUGGCAGACGGCGCCUGGACGCCGGCAUCGGUGCUGUUGGGGGCUGGCUGGGCCCAGGGCACGAACGUGGAGCUGCCGACGCACAACGCCAUGGGCGGUGUCAGCGGCACAGCGCUGUUCGAGGUGGACGAGGUCGGCGCGCCUGGCGCUGCGGGCCAGUGCCUGAGCGCCCAGUUCAGGGGGGCGUCGCUGCCGACCGAGGCGACUCGCCUCGACGGUGCCUUCCCGCCUCGUGGAGCUGGGCCCGCGGGUUUGCCGCCCCUCUGCGCGCGGGGCCCUGCGCGCUGCGGCGAGCCCGCGCAGGCCGGGCGCGCCGUCCUGCAUGCGGAGUGGCUGCGGCUUCGGACUGCGCGGGGGCUGGUGGGGCCCUGGGCGCGGCCGAGCGCCUUCGGAGACCGCGGCGGCGGCGGGGCUCGACAGGCCUGGGGGCCCAUCCCUGGCGGUGCCGCGCCUGUUCGCUUGGCGGCCGCGGCCCUCGCAGGAGGUGGAGCUCGCGCCCGCGGCGUCGGCGGCCACGGCAGGCGGCGGCGGCGCAACGAGUCAGGUAGCCGCAGUGAUGGCGACGGCGAGCCGCGUUUUCGCGACGCCCCCUCCCGCGGCGGCAGCGCGAGGCUGCUGGCGGAGAGGCAGCCCGGCGCCUUAUACGACGAGGCGACGCAGAGCAUCGCUCGCGUGAUGGGCCUGCGGGGAGGGGCGGGCGGUUCCGAGACGCGUCCGAAGGUGGUCGGCUACUUGCAGGCGAUCGUCUUCGGUCACCCAGUCUCGCAGCUGCGGGUCGACACGGCGCGCGAGCUGCAGACGCUGGCAACGGCGCUGGACCUACUGGAGAGCGGAUCGCUGCCGCAGGUGUGCGACAUCUUGACGCAGAGGUUCAAGGCGCUGGAAAUCUCACUGUCGGAUGCGAGCUGGCAGGUGGCGAGCGAGCUGGAGAUCGUGCCCGACGCCAGACCGCCCCUCGCCUCGAUGGACGAGCAGGGCCCGGCGCGCCGCUCGGCGGUGCUGCGGAGGCGGCUGCAGGACGCCAAGAGCCGCGGGGCCUUCGGGAACCCGGGCCGCGGUGGCGAGAGGGCGCGACCCGCGGAGAGGGAAACGUGCCAGCUGCUCGGAGAGCAGGUUCACCAGCUCAACAUGGCCCAGGGCAGCGACGAGGAAGCCCGAGCUGUUGAACGCCGCAAAAUCGGGAACAACGUGGUCAGUGUAGCAGAGUUAGCCAAUGACGGUUCGCAGGAUGCCCAUCGGUUACCCGAACCAGCCAAGCUCCAAGUCAAAGCCAAGCCGAAGUUGCACCUCAGACAUCGGAGAUCUCUGACAGGGAACACUCGAUUAACGACUUGCGUCUCCCUCGGCGAGUCCAACAUUGCUGAGGUUGCCGGUGAGGCGCGCCCCCCGUCGCUAUCUGGCAACCGGCCAUCUCCGCCGCCAGUCCCGAGCCCAUCGCCGACCGAGGUCGCCGAGGGGGGCAAUUCGGCCAAGGGGCGCAGCCAUUCCAGGUCUACGAUGGACGAUCGUCGCCUUCGCCGCGGCGGCAAGAUCUCCGGCGGCAGCUCCGAGCUGUUACUCGACUGCAUUGGGGGCGCGUUGAGCAGCGCAGGCGCGGGGCGGCCCCUCCGCCUCCAGCGAGAAGUCUCCCGCCAGCUCAGGCCCCCUGCGAACGUUGGUUGCGGGGAGGAUAUCAUGGGCGACUGCGAGAGUUUCCAGCCGAGCUUCGCGCCACUAGUCGAGGACAUGCACUGGUCCGCCACCCAAGUGUUAGCCAAGUAUUUCCUCGAGAUCGCCAGCGCGUUGGCGAUUAUACUGGCAGCGCGGGCCCUCGACGCCCUUGACGAUCAGUCCCCGGGCAGCAGGGUCGAGGGCCAAGGCUGCGACGCCGGAUCCCCAGAAGGAGGCGUGGUGCGGCUACGGCUGGCCGACCGCCUGCCGGAAGCGGCGGGCGCGGGCGCGGGCGCGGCGCGGCAGCCAGACACGCAGGCCGCCGCACGCGGCUCGCAGGACCCGGGCACCCCAGCGCGCACCGAGACGCAGCGCACCUGGUGGGCGGCGCACCGGGAGGGCAUCGUGGGCACCGCCGAGAAGGCGACCCCUCCGCCGUCGCUCCCCAAGGCGCGCCACCGUGCCGGGGCGACGCCUUCCCUCGGGAAACAAAGAGGUGCGUAA